GAAGCCCUGACUUCAGUUAGUCAUAAGGUCUAUCUCUGGCAGACUAAAGACCUGAGAGACAUGGAAACCAAUAGAGAACCCGUUAUAAGAGAUACUCAAACGUUUAUCGCGGAUAAGGCAAGAGAACCGUCAGGAGAGUUCGAGCCCUCGUUAGAAGAACGUAGAGUCGGGUCGUCGUCUUCGCAUGGCGGGUUACCAGAGUGUUACGUGAUCGUGCAUAACGUGGCGAAGAGGCAUAAUAUCGGCAUGUUGCUUCGGAGCGCCACGGCGUUCAACGUGCAUCAGAUCCUGGUGGUGGGUCGGCGAGACUUCAGUGCGUUCGGGAGCCAUGGUGCUGCGGAUCACGUGUCUCUGAAGCAUUUCAAUUCGCUAACAGACGCCAAGACGUACCUGCAGGAGAGGGAUUGCAGCAUAUGCGGGGUGGAGAUUGUUGACAAUGCACGCCCCAUACAGUCACACCCAUUCUCUGGCAACACCGCUUUUCUCCUUGGCAACGAGGGCACUGGUCUCUCCCCCACUGAGCUAGCGGUGUGCGAUUCCUUUGUCUACAUCCCUCAGCACGGCCCUGGGACUGCGUCUCUCAAUGUCAUUGUGGCUGCGUCCAUUGUGCUGCACCACUUUGCAGUCUGGGCUCGGUACCCCGUACGCGAGCGGGAAGGUGCAAAGUUUUCAGUUGCUGCCCGACCAAUGAGGAGGGGGCCUCGGAACCGCUGCCCGGAAGAUCCUGCGGAACUGGCAGCGAGGAGGGAGAGAAGGCAGGAAGCAGCAGAUGGUGACACGUGGCAGGAUAUGGAGGAUGGAUCGCUGGGAUUGCUGGAAGGAGAGGAGGGAGGGGUGGGAGAGGCGCGGUAACUGAGGGACAAAACAGAAGGAUCGGCAUGAAUUGGUGAAUAAAAAGCUUGGGUAGAA